GGGACCAGGACCGGGGGACCUCGAGAGAGAAGGGGCGCGCGAGAGAGCUCUCGUCCGUGCGCGCGGAUCUCCUAUUUUACGUACAGCGCGCGGCACCGGAUCAGUGCGUAUCUUUCCUUCGGGGGUUGCUCUCCCUUCGCACACGUCGCGGCGGCCUUGUUCGUGACCUUGAGCUUCCGCCGAUGCGUGCCGUCGUGCUGCCGGUGGUCCGCCGGCGUGUCAUCACGCUCCGCGACAGUGCUGUCGUCGUCGUCGUCGUCGGCCACUGCUCCGGGCAGAUAGUAGCGGUAACUCGUGCUCCGCGCACAAACGCACGGAGAUGAGCAACGGAGACGCUCGGCCGGGGGCUGCUGCUGCUGCUGCUGCUGCUCGGAGCACGUGCUGCCAGGCGCGCAGAAGGCGCUCCAGGCGACGCCAGGUGCGCUAAUCGUGGACCAAUCGCAAGUCUCAAGAGCAAUAUCGCGGGUGAUACAGGACAUUGCACCCCUCCUCCCCCCUUCCCCGAGAAAGAAGAGAAGCGCGGAUCGGCGGUGAAGAUCGGCGCGUGAGGUGCGAUCGAGGGAAUGGAAAUGACGCCGCCGCGGGCCCGCGGUGCGAAUGCCGCACGUUCCAGGACGAUCCCGAUCUUCGCCAAGUUGGCACCGCUUCUCAUAUUCGUCAACCUCGACGGCGUCGUGCACGGCGUCGCGCGUUCCGCAUUUCAUCAAGAUUCAACAAACACUGCCACAAGCUCGAUUUUCGUAGCGCCAGUUGGGAAUCAAACAGCCGCGAUCGGUCGCGAGGUAGUCUUUUCCUGCAGCGUACGCAACAUAAGCAUCCGCAAAUACAAGGUCGGCUGGCUACGCGCCUCAGAUCAGACGAUUCUCUCGAUCCACACGCGGAUCGUGACGCAUAAUGCACGUAUCUCGGUCUCAUACGAGAGCGGCGGAAGUGCCGGAUCCGGCGGCACGUCCGGCAACACCUUCGGUGUAACGGGAAGUAGCCAGGCCACGGAGGAAGUCGUCAACGGCACGUGGCGUCUACACAUUCGCCAGCUCAAGGAGUCCGACAGGGAUUGUUACAUGUGCCAGAUCAACACCAGCCCAAUGAUAUCCGAGCUCGGUUGUCUCGACAUACAUGUACCGCCCGACAUCGUUUACGGAGGUGAUACCAGCGCUGAUCUAGCAGUGGCGGAGGGAGACAACGCGACCUUGAGCUGUCGAGCGACGGGACGUCCGCCUCCGAGAGUGUCUUGGCGAAGAGAGGACGGACAGCCCAUCACCAUAAGGGCUUCCAUAGCCAGUGGUAACCCUUUCGAGAAGCACGACCACUACAACGGUUCACUGCUACAUUUCCACCGUGUCGAGAGGCGGCAAAUGGGAGCGUAUCUCUGCAUCGCCAGCAACGACGUGCCUCCAGCGGUUAGCAAGCGCGUGACGCUCGCUGUGAAUUUCGCACCCGUCGUAAAGGCACCCAACCAACUACUGGGAGCUCCCUUGGGUACAGACGUACAGCUCGAGUGUUACGUCGAGGCGUUCCCGAACACAAUCAAUUAUUGGAUAAAAAAUCAACGAGGCACAGAGGAGGAAAUGUUAUUGGAGGGACCGAAAUAUACCAUACGAGAGGAACGUACAGGAUACACGGUCCUGAUGUGGCUUGUAAUCAAAAAAUUCACAGAGAAGGAUGUCGGUAGUUAUAAAUGCGUCUCAACGAAUAGUUUAGGCAAGGCAGACGGAACUUUAAGAUUAUACGAGAUUAAAAUCGGUAUCGAAAAAAAACCGCAUUCAAAAGGGAUUAUUCUCGGUGGAUUAGCCGAGGCCGCUCAAAGUUCCGGCGCCAGCAGCGGAGCUUUCUCCAGAAAUUGUCGCAGCUUGUGGCACGCCCUAUCGAUGUUUUUCAUCGUACUUUGGCCACGGUGAAGAAGGCAUUCACUAUUGGUCACCGCUAAGCUACUUAGUGCCGGAUGACUUUGUGCCAAAAAAAAAAACAAGAAUGUAGCGAACGAAUGUGCGAAUGUGAGAGACAUCAUGUUAGAAGUCUGGCAACGAUAGCAAGAGUGCGAGAGAAAAAGAGAGAAAAAGAAUAAAUGAAUGAGAGAGAGAAGAGAGGAGAGAAAGAAAGAAAGAGAGAUGGAGAGAAAGAGAAAAAGAGAGAAUGAGAACAAGAUAAUAAAUCGGAGUCUUCGGUACUCCAAAUUCUUCCUACUUUCCUUUCCUACUCCCGAGUGUCGAAGACAUUUUUAGAUCAAUGAAUGUUGUCAAUGUAACGCGUUGCUUUAGAUUCGCGCUUCGCGGACCGACCGAGUAAAGCUUGAUUCGCACCACUUGCCCAGCCGACAUCGGAAAACGGGCCAGCAAUAGACGGAUCUAUACAGCGCAGAAAUAUUUCAUUGUGAAUUUGCAAAUACAUGCAGAAUUGGAACGACGUUAAAAUGUCUGCCUUUUAAAUAAAGUGAGAGUCAAGCUUAAACCGUCGUUAUGUGGAUCGACGAAUUCGACAGGGAGGGGUUCGCCAUCGCGGGGUUGCUUAACGAAUCGACGAUAAUAAUUAACGGUCGUUUUGUCAUUGGUUUUUGCGCUGCUGAUUGACUUUCGACGUCGGAAAACUUUGAUGUUUCGAAAUAAAAGUAAGGAUCGAAUGUUGUA